CCGUGCUGUGGGAGGCUUUUUUUCCAGCCCGAACGGCCGGCCGUGUAUACGUUCUCGAGAGCGCGUGGAGCGACAGCGAGCCAGCUGUUGCGUUGGCCGGGCUCCAGACUUUUAUCUCCUCCCCUACACUUUCCUCCACCCCCUCUCUAUCUGUCCUCACCCUCACCUACGGACUCUCGUUUCAUCUGUCGUUCUCUAUAUUUUGUUAUAUUCGCGUUCGCCGAGUUUGGCGGAUUCUCGGGUGCAAGAGGAGCGGUGUUCGGUUUUGUGUCGCCGUAGUGCUUUCAACGAGAACGCGUUCGUUGUUGGAUAAAAAACGUCGUCCGCGGUUUCUGACGGGAAGGAAGCGGCGACGACGAUCGCUCGGGGGCAGAUAAGGCCCUCAACGCCGCCACCGUCCGCUACGGGCUCUCAGCAGCGCAGCAGCUGGGGGUCGGCCACCUCAGGCCUGUCAGGAAUUUCGAUGGGCCAUGAGUGGCCUGCUUCGAAAGGCCUUGGUAUCCGGAUGGUGGGAGGUGCCACUGGACGUGUCUGUGUGUUGGCAACAGCGUCUCUUCUACUGGCCACAUUGUUUUCGGACUCGGCCUGCGGCGAAACUAUCGAUCAGGACGGGAACAUCACAACAGUGUGGGAGCUACCUGGCCUACAUCAAGAUGUCACGACAAAGCGAUACAACGGAAGCCAAACGCUCGGGCUCUACACCGUCGCUGGAAACAGCAGUGCCGAUAACGUGACCGAGUUCUGCGUACCUCCGUCCAUCUACGAGUUUCCCGACGACCCUUUCACUCAGCAAGAGCGCCUGCGAGGAUGGGUGGCCGUGCAUUUCGGCGUUCUCGCCUACCUGUGCUGCAUGCUGGCCAUUGUGUGCGACGUGUACUUCGUGCCAUGCCUGGAACUGCUCUCAAACGCUUUGAAGAUAUCUUCGGACGUGGCUGGCGCUACCGUGAUGGCCGUUGGCACUUCGUCUCCGGAACUUUACUCCGCCAUUAUUGGUUCAUUCGUGACGGAAGGAGACAUUGGUGUGGGCGCCAUCGUGGGUUCCGCAGUGUUUAACAUACUCGGAGUGACGAGCGUCACUGGCAUCUACCUUCUCACUACGACGGUGCAGCUGGAAUGGUACCCUAUCGUGAGGGACUCGCUGCUGUACAUAGCCAGCGUCAGCGUGCUGGCCGCAUGCAUCGCCGACAGCACCGUGUACUGGUACGAAGCCGCCGUGCUACUGAUGCUGUUCUGCGUGUACAUUCUCGUCAUGCACUACAACUCCAGACUCAAGCAAGUGACUGUUGAUCAGAUGGAUCGGUUGAUUCGCUGCAUCAAAUCCAGAAUGAUCAAGAAUGGGGAGAAAAACAACUCCAAAGUGGUUUCUCAGAAGGUUAACAUUGCCCCAGCAGAGGUGAUGUCGCUCCUGCUUCCGUCGGAAAAAAACGAUGCAUCCAGGAACACACCGGACACGACAGGUAGCCAUGAAAAUGGUUGUCUUCAACGUCGCAAACUGUGCGGCGAACAGAGCUUGAAGCAGGGACCAACGCUCGAAGUUCCUUUAACAGGUUCUACCGGCUACCGGGUCGUCGUUAUGGACCCCAAGACAGAUCUCGAAGACACCAGCACAAUCACGGAAAUUAAGGUCCCGGCCUUGGACCCUUCUACGUCGGCGAAAGGAGAGCGUAACUGGAUGGAACGUGCCUGGUGGUUGGUGAUGCUACCAGCCUCGGUUCUGCUCUGCCUGACGAUACCCAACUGCAAGCGGUGGCCCAGGAUGUACCCGCUCUCCUUCCUCAUGUCCGUCGUGUGGAUCGGGCUGCUCUCAUACCUCUGCGCCUGGAUGGUCACCGUCAUUGGCUACACACUAGACAUACCAGACUCGGUGUCCGGACUGACCAUCCUGGCAGCUGGCAUAAGCGUGCCCGAGAUCAUCACCAGUGUCCUCAUCGUCAAGAUGGGGUUCGGCAACAUGGCGUUCAGCAACCUCAUCGGAAGCAACAUAUUCGACAUCCUUUUCUGCCUGGGCUUCCCAUGGCUGGUCAAGACACUUUCCCACUCGAGCACGGGGAGUCUGCACAUCAACAGUGGCGCACUCACCUACACGACGCUCACUCUGCUCGCCACCACCGUGUUAAUGUUAGUGACUUUGUGUGCCUCCAGAUGGCGGCUGAAUUGGAAAGUUGGCAUCGUCUGUCUCGUCCUCUACGUGGCAUUCAUUGUGCUCGCCUGUUGCUAUGAGCUGAACUUCUUUGGACAAUUCAAUCCUCCCACUUGCGCUGAGUAGAUUGACUUAUACCUGGUCAUUUAGACAUCAGUUUGGUUGCUUGUGAACUUGUAUCGGUUAAUCGGUUAGGCGACGGUUCACGACAGUAAAAACAACAGGCGUCUCCGCGGAGAAUGCAAGAGUGGCUAUCCCCAUCAAGGAUUCGCGCCACUUGAGGCUGCAACCAGACUGUGAAGUUUUUAUGCUAGUCUAUUAUGCUCUUGAAAAUUCAGCAUAUAAUGAAUUCUCUCAGCAAUUUGUUACUAUGGUAAGAAGCCAGACCACGUGUUCAGUGACAAAUUGUCCGGAGGUACAGGUAAAUAUAUACUUUAAAAAAAACAACAAAAAAACAGCAACAAGGGAGAUUUUACAUUCUGCAAAAUGGCGGAAUGCGAAACUGUUUGCGACCACGUGAAUUUCUGCUAAUAUUUUACUCAAUCUUCAGAUCGCUCCAGGGCUCGACUUAGAGCAUGGUUGCGGAUAACGAAAAACAGACGGUCAUAUUUUGUAACUAUUUUUUCUUAGCUCAUCUUACUUCCGAACAGUUCCUUCGAAAUGCCUGCUUUAACGAAUGUCAAGGCGAUUGUUCGAAUACAUAAAUGGACUGAGAUCUAUUUCUUCAAAACGAAUGUUCACUCUUCAACGUGUUCCAGGCAGGUUGUCCCUCUUGUUUCCCUCAUUUUUUUUUUCCGGUUCAUUGGGUUAAGAGGGAACUUAAAAUUACUGCGCUGGGUUGGGUUGUGUGGCAGUAAAUACUUUAAAACAUGGUGCCCGUAACAAUUGCUUUCUGCUUCAUUAGGCGGAAAACUUAAGAUUAAUAAAAAGCAAGAACAAAGGUGGAAAUACUGUCGCUACUUGCACUUUUGGCACUUUAAAACUCUAAUAGCAUAUGAAAAAAAAAAAAAAAAAACGCGGCACUUUGUUUUUGUAGUGCUACAUGUGAUCUCGUUCAGGAAUUGUUGGAAUAUAUACUAUCUCAUCAACGUUGGGCCUCAUAUGCUAGUGAUUGUCUCUGAAAAUAUAGACGUAGGUUCAAAAGUCAUUCCGUGAUAACAUUCUUUCAUCCGCUCAUUGUUAUAACGAGCGGUUUUAAUGUAACAUGGUACAUAAGAAAGACGAAAGUCCGGCCAGUGUACAUUUGUAUAUAAUUUGUUUGUCGCGAGAUAGUGAUGUUAAAAAAAAGUUAUAUUAAACAUGUUUGUUUGAUAA